AUGAACCUGGUCUGGUUCUACCCGAGCCGGGACGGGCAGCCAAUGGGGAGCAACCCCGCGCCAGCUGGGUCCGCCCAAGUGGACUACUCGUGCAACGGCCUCAUGACGGGGGACGCCACCGUCAUGGCGCCCGCCCCUGCCCCCUCCACCGACUCCCCCUCCCCUCCGCCUCCCCCUGCCUCCACCACGCCCUCCCCCCCGCCGCCCUCCACCGUCACUCCGCCAUCUAAGGGCGUGCUGUGCCCCGCGUCCACGUUCUCGGGAUACGAGUACCAGCUAGAGCUGGGCAGUGGCAACUACCUGCUCCACUGGAAGUUCGCCUCCAACACGGUCAUCAACUUCCUCAUUGAAGCCCGCUCCAACACCAUCAUCAAGGACGCGUGGAUGGCCGUCGGAUGGUCGUCCAAAAAGGGCAAGAUGAAGGGCUCAGAUGCAGUCAUCGGGAACCUCCCGGGCGUGGGAGCGUUCUACAUGAACGGCUAUCGGCUAAAGAACAUCCAGCAAACGACUGCUUUCUCCCUGGGGACCACGUCGGUGUCAACCACGAGUGAGGGCGGCACGUCCAUUGCAUUCAGCAGGACGGUCGGCUCGGGGAACGUGCCUCUGAAGCUCAACACCACGAGCUAUCUUAUUUGGGCGUUCGCACAGACGGUGUCCAAAACAUUGUAUUUCCACGGCAUGAACCAAGUGCUGGAAGGGGUGCUGGGGGUGCUGGGGGGUGCUGGGAGUGCUGGGAGUGCUGGAAGGGAGGGACUGCUGAGUGGAUUUAAAAGUGUGCAUGGGGAUGACGGCAGAGCUGGGAGUGACAGCAGAGGUGGGAGGGAUGGCAUCACCUGUAUGCCUGUGCCUCAGCCCCUGUGGGGCGGCGGGCCCGACUACCGUGAUGACUCUGAUGCUGACAAGGAUUACUCGGGCGGCCCCUGGCAGGGCGCCAGCCUUCCCACUGACGCUGCUGCUGCUGGCGAUGCUGCUGGACUCACUGCCUCUCUUGUUGAUCAGGGGCAAUCGAGCAGUGCUGCUGGCACUGCUGGUACUGCUGCUGGUGACGCAGGUGCUGCAAACCGCAAAUCGGGAGUGCGGUUCUAUGAUGGAGCAGCGGGCCGAAUUUCUCCUCCAUUUCCUUCCCGCCCCUCCCCUUCCGCCUAUUCCCUUUCCGCGCAUCCCCCUUUCCGCCACCUUCCGCCUUCCCCCCUUCCGCCAGCCUGGUUCUGCACUGGAAGGCCACCACCGGGACUACCGUCGAGACGGAGCUGCAGGCCACGUCAGCAGGCGCCUCUCCCAUUCCGCCUCUCCCCUUCCGCCCCUCCCCUUCCGCCUCUCCCCUUCCGCCCCUCCUCUUCCGCCAGCCUGGUUCUGCACUGGAAGGCCACCACCGGGACUACCGUCGACAUGGAGCUGCAAGCCACGUCAGCAGGCGCCUCGGGCGGGUGGUUUGCGGUGGGGUGGUCAUCGGGCGGCAAGAUGUACCCCGCGGACGCCGUCAUCGCGCACAAGGCGGGGGCGGACAUUGGCGCGUACACCAUAACGGGUUACGACAGCUCCAACGUUGCCUCCACCACCGCCUUCUCGCUCGGCUCGCCCGCGUAUUCCGCCGGUGCUGCCACGUACGUUUAUAAGUUCUCUCGAACAGUGGGCACGGGCAGCAAGGUGACCUUCGUGAACGGACCCAUCACGACCAUCUGGGCCUACUCCGACGGCCCCUCCCCCACCCCUCUCUUUCCGUUCCCUCUCAACAGUUUCUCCCGCACAGUGGGAACAGGCAGCAAGGUGACAUUCGUGAACGGACCCAUGAAGACCAUCUGGGCCUACUCGGACGGCGCCACCACCUCAUUUGACGGCCACGGGGGCAACCGCGGCAGCACCACCAUCGAUUUCUCCUGCGACGGGACCCCCGUUGCCACGCCCUCCCCUCCCCCCGCCUCCGCCAACCCCUCCCCCCCGCCGCCCCCUGCUUCCUCCGCCUCCCCGCCUCCCCCUGCCUCCUCCGCCUCCCCUCCCCCCCCCACCGCCACUCCGUCACCUCCCCCGGCGCCGCCGGCUGCUGGUGUGGCGUGCCCGGCGUCGGCUCUGGAAGGGUUUGACUACCAAGUGGAGCUUGGGGGGCCGCUCAUGCUGCUGCACUGGACCUUCAGCACCAGCACCACCAUCAAGUUCUCCAUAGAGGCACGUGGCGCCACUAUAGCCAAGGACGGCUGGAUAGCCGUUGGAUGGUCGGGCAACAAGGGCAAGAUGAAGGGCUCAGAUGCGGUCAUUGGGAACCUGCCUGGCGUGGCUGCGGUGCACAUGAGUGGGUACAGCAAGAAGCUUGUGAAGCAAACGAGUGCGUUCACUAUCGGGGAUACUGCUGUCGCUACCACCUCUGAAGGCGGCACCACAAUCACGUUCACCAGGGAGGUGGGCAAGGGAGCGGUACCAAUCAAGCUCAACGCCACCAACUACCUCAUCUAUGCCUUCAGUACCACGGCCUCCACAACCCUCGCCUUCCAUGGCUGGAACCAGGGCGGCCUUGCGGUGGACUUCUCGUGUUUCAAGAAGCCCUCAGCCCUGUGGGGUGGUGGGCCGGACUACAGCGAUGACUCGGAUUAUGACAACUCGUUCCGCAGUGCACGCGCUGCAAGCAUGGAUGGCACUAGUACAAGCUCUGCAGGCACCUCCUCUGCUGACUCAGCAACGGGUGGGGCUUUAAGCAGCGGUCGGCGAAACCGGUUGCACCAGCAGACGGGCUUGGGGCAUCAGCACCAUGAGAGUGCUGCUGGUACCACUGCUGGUGUUGCUGGUGAUGGUGCUGUUGGCACUGGGGUCGGCAUGACAAAUGCUGACUGGUGGACGAGGAGGUCUGGAUUCUGGAAAACUGUUUUUGGAGGUUGA